AUGCCUGAGUAUACCUACUUACAAAGAUUGAGUAGAGGGCUUCCAUUAGAAACAGCCCAGCCUAACUAUGACGUAAAAAGUUUCUUCUCGUCUCGGAUAGUGGGAGGAGUGGACGCUCCACCUGGGCAUGCGAGGCAUAUGGUGGCACUCAUUUAUAAGGGCUGGCACAUGCGAUGGCUGGUCUGCGGUGGCUCCAUCAUCACUAAACGCCACGUUUUAAGCGCGGCCCACUGUAUUGAGCCUUACUCACAUUGGGGACAGCUUUCACCGGAUUUUAUUGGAGUCUAUGGUACUUACCAUUGGAACUCCACUGAUACGGAAGUAACUUUUUCCGGGUAUGUAAACCAUCCAGACUGGGAUUGGAACACCAUCAAAAACGAUAUUGGUAUCCUCUGCACCGUUAAAGAGUUUACGUUCAAUGAGCAUGUUGGUCCAAUUACAUUGAACUUUGACUAUAUGAGCGGCGGACAGCACGCAUCUGUGACUGGGUGGGGACGUUUGGAGCCUUGGGGAGAAAUACCUGAUCAUAUGCAGAUGUUGGACGUCACUACCUUGUCACCCAAACAGUGUUAUCUGUACAUGAAGUAUGCUUCGCAAUCCUUAGGGCCAGCACUGCCCGUGGAUCCCAAGGUUGAGAUAUGUACGUUCCACUCCAAAGGACAUGGCAUGUGCAAUGGCGAUUCAGGCAGUCCUCUAUUUUUGAAGCAUACCUGGGAACAAAUCGGCAUCGUGUCGUGGGGCUUCCCUUGCGCCUUGGGAGCACCCGACGUCUUCACCCGGCUAGGUGCCUUUAAGAAGUGGAUUGAGCUGGUCACUGGAAAAUAUUUUGUCUGA